AUGAGAAUUUUCUUAACAGGAGCAACUGGAGCUAUUGGAAGCUCUCUUUUGGAUAACUUCCUAGCUCACGGCCAUGACGUUACAUCAACAGUUAGAAGUGCCCAGAAAGGAGAAGAGCUCGCAAGCAAAAGUCCAAGCUCGCACUUUAUAGUGUUUGACAUUAAUCCUGAUACAGCUCAUCAACUUGCUGAAUUAGCUGCAGGCUACGACGCAAUCGUCCAUUGCGUUCAACAAGCCUUUGGUGAAGCUGGAACUAAAGCAGAAGAUAUUACUACUGAUGCUCUAAUUAGCGCAGCAAGAAAAACAGCUGAAACUAAGCCUGUCUCUCUUCUUUAUAGCUCAGGAUGUUUGGUAUAUGGGAACACUAAUGGAGUUCAGGACGAAGAUCAUGAGGAUACUUCUCAUUGUCUCGACAUGCUAAAAGCAAGAGUCUUAAGGGACAAAAAAAUUGUAAAUUCAACUGCAGGGAAUCUGAGAAGCGCCAUUAUUAGACCUACUUGGGUUUAUGGCAAAAGCUAUGUUGAUCAAUGGAUAAAUGCGUGCAAAUCUCAUAAUAAAAUUAUUGCCCUUGCAGGAAAUAAUCAUAUUCCUUUUAUACAUCAUGAAGAUUUAGCUAAUAUGUAUAGAAUACUGAUAGAAAACGGAGCUGUUGGAGUUUUCAAUGCAACUGAGCCAGAGGCUGUAUCGCUGGAGACUGUAAUUGAAAGGGUUUCAACACUUGGAAAUAUCCAUGAAAUAGAAAAAGUUGAUAGUCCAUGAGCUCACUCUUCAGAACCUUAUGGAUUCUUUUUAUUUGCUCAUAGCUUUGAUCAACAACUUGUAUCAAAGAGAUUUGCUGACCUUUAUCACUAUACCCCAGCUCAUAGAUUUUUAGAUUGGAUCAAUUCGUUUCCUUUUAAUUAA